GCAGUAUAGCCCUAACUGGACUCCGCCAUUGCCCACCCGUGGGGAGACCGGACCCAGCCCCCGACCUCGCGGCCUCAAUCUCUUGCAGCCAUCUCCGGCUGUCGUUGCGUGCUCCCACGCCACCGGCCUCAAGCUCCCAUGGGCGUCACCAACGCCCGCUGCUCGUACCACCCGCGGAGGGUAAAGAUGGUAGAUGAGAUGAAGAAGCCCAGGGAGCCACUUUUCUUGUCUCCCACUCCGUUUUGAGCUCCUGUAAGUGGGAUUUCAGUGGCUUCUCCCGCAGGGCUGGUUGCCCCCAUCCCGUUUAGCAGGACUCCAGCAGUAGCCGCGCGAGGGAACUGAAUCUUAGGCCCCCCAAAGAGAGUCUAAGACAGAAGAAAGUGGGGAAGAACUUUUUGGAUAGGCUAAGAGCAACUCCAGCAGACCCUAUAAACAAUCCUCAGUUAAAAAGAUGCAAUACAACAGUUACUAGGCCCUCUAUUUUUGGAGGCCUAACCCUCCUCCAUCCUCCAUUCCUAGUGAGUUUAUAUGAAGUUCUCUAUUAUAAAUUAGAAUUGAGGGCUAUUAUUAUAGUUGGAGCAAAUUUGGAGGCCUCUAAAAAAUAGAGGUAGUCACAUUUAGUAUUUAAAAAAUUUAAUUUAAGGGCUGCUGUAAUUGCUCUGUGGGAGAUGAGCUAGUAACCGCUUCCACCGUCCACUCAGGAUAGAGCGAGAUAUCGCAGCUGUUCACUCACCUACCAUGGUCCGUUCACGUAACAAACAAUCGGGUUACAGAGUGAGACAGCUUUCUGAUCCCAGAGGAUAAAUCCAAACUCCAAAGGGAGAAUGCUUUGUCUUUUUUUUGCUAGCCCAACGUGCAGUAAUAUUGGGUUGCUGAACUAGCUGCUUGCUUGUUUGGUUCGUAUAAAAGCUCUCGAAUUCCAUCUCGUCCCAUGCUAAGGUUAGUGCAUCAACAAGUAAACACAAGGCCCUCCUGUUGGUGUAUAGAUUUCCAUCAAAAUCCUCUUAUGAGAAGGCAGGCAGGCAGCCCAUUGGCCUCGCAGCUCGUCUCCUACCCCGGCGCGGCCGGCACCCCGACAUCCCACCUCGCCGCUUUCCCUUUCGCUUUCGGCCUGCCUGCGAUCUCACUGCCCCCCCACUCGCCCCCAAACGGCUUCCCCUUCCCCUCCCCACCUUUAUCUUUUGUUCUCUUCUCCCUCCACUUGGGCUGCCAAGCAAGCGACUCCCAGCGGUCACAAACCCCAAACCCCAAGCUUGUCAAUUGUCAUCGAGCUGCGCUUUGCUUCAGCUCCUUCCUCCUCCCCCGCUUGCACGCCACUCCACUCCUCGCUUGAUGCAAACCUCUCCUCGCUGCUAGCUAAUCGCCACCCCGUUCGGGAUCCGGGAGCAAAUGGACAAGGAGAGGAGGCGGGGGUUCUUUUCCGCGCUCAAGGGGGAGGUGGUGCGGGGCCUCUCCCCGGCGAGGUCGCGGGGGAAGUCGCUGCUCCCGCGUGCCCGCAAGACGGCGGCGGAGGCCGACGCGGAGGCGCCCGAGGAGCUAGCCCCGUACGCGCCGGACCAGUUCGUCCCCCACUCCGGCAGCCUCCGCCCGGGCGGGGAGGCCCUGGCGCCGCUCAUGGAGGGCCCGGAGGUGGCCGAGGACGACGCGUCCGGCGAGGAGUCCGGGCGGCGGGACGGGUUCGGGCAGUGGGUCCGCGGCCACCUGGCCCGCGCCCCGCUGAUGGCCGCCGGCGCCGGCGACGGGUCGUUCCGCCGCUCCGACCUCCGCCUCCUCCUCGGCGUCAUGGGCGCGCCGCUCGCGCCCGUCUCGGCCUCCGCCGCGGGGCCGCUGCCGCAUCUCUCCGUCAAGAGCGCCCCCAUUGAGUCCUCGUCGGCGCAGUACAUCCUGCAGCAGUACAUGGCGGCGUCGGGCGGCGCCAAGGUGCUGCGGUCGGUGCGGAACGCGUACGCGAUGGGGAAGGUGCGGAUGGUCGCGUCCGAGUUCGAGACGGCCACCCGGGUGGUGAAGAACCGCGGCGCCGGCGCCGCCUCCGCCGUGGAGCAGGGCGGGUUCGUGCUCUGGCGGAUGUCCCCGGACAUGUGGUACGUGGAGCUCGCCGUCGGCGGCAGCAAGGUCCGCGCCGGCUGCAACGGCCGCCUCGUCUGGCGCCACACGCCGUGGCUCGGCGCCCACGCCGCCAAGGGCCCCGUCCGCCCCCUCCGCCGCGCCCUCCAGGGCCUGGAUCCGCUGUCGACGGCGGGCCUGUUCGCGGAGGCGCGGUGCGUGGGCGAGAAGAAGGUCGGCGGCGAGGACUGCUUCAUCCUGAAGCUGUCGGCGGGCGCGGAGACGCUGCGGCAGCGGAGCGAGGGCCCGGCGGAGAUCAUCCGGCACGUGCUGUUCGGCUACUUCAGCCAGCGCACGGGGCUGCUGGUGCACGUGGAGGACUCGCACCUGACGCGCAUCCAGCCGCACGCCGGCGGCGACGCCGUCUACUGGGAGACCACCAUCAGCUCCUCCCUGGAGGACUACCGCGCCGUGGACGGCGUGGCGAUCGCGCACGCCGGCCGCUCCGCCGUAACGCUGUUCCGCUUCGGCGAGACGGCCAUGAGCCACACCAAGACGCGCAUGGAGGAGGCCUGGACCAUCCAGGAGGCCGCCUUCAACGUGCCGGGCCUCUCCACCGACUGCUUCAUCCCGCCCGCCGACGUCCGGCGCGACUCCGUCGGCGAGCCACACUGCGAGCUCCCGCCCCGCGGCGCCGCCGCCAAGGCCGGCGCCGUGCACCCCGCCGCGGAGCGCGUGCACCCGCGGCGCGACGCCGCCGCCGGGGACAAGAUCCCCUGGACGGUGGAAAUGUGAGGAGCGGGAGGGGGAUCAUUUUAUUUUGGGAAAAAUCUAAUUUUCACCCACGAAUUAUCGGAAAAGUCUGAUUUUUAAACUUCAAAUACGAACCCGGACCAUCGAACUGUCAAAACCGGGCAAAUUUGGCCCUCGGUUUUGACAGUUGGAUGGCAUAUGUUGUCCGAUUUCGUAGUUGAAGGUUGAAAAUCGGACUUUUGCGAUAGUUGGAGGAUGUAAACCGGAUUUUUCCCUUUUAUUUUUACCCGGUUGGAUUCGUAAGAGCGAGUGAGGAUUAACAGGGACUAGCUAGGAAGCAAAACAAAGUUCAGCAAUCCAAUUUGUUCAUAGCACUAGAAACCAAAUCCAUCUUUCUUCUCCAAACGCUAACUUCAUCUCCUAAUGGCUUGUAUUCUGUACAGAUGAGCAGCAAAACAGUCUCCUCCAUCCCAUUGUUAAAUUGUACUGUAACAUUUGCAAGAAUUUAAGAACUGAUACAAGCAUAUCAGCAGAUCUUUGUGCC